UUCUGAGAAAAUCCUUAAUUGCUCAGCCACUGGGCUGGACCUCCUGUAGGGGUUCUUUUCUUCAAUCUUGCGAGUCUGAUUACUUCGGGAAACGUUAUAUCGCCUUAUAACGCUUCUAUGUAUGCAGUACUGCUGAAGGAGAGGGAAUGGAGAAAUGGAGGGGAAUGUUCACCUAGUUUGCGGACCGUCUUCCGGGUUCGCGGGAGACCUUGAACGUUGUUGAAUCGAUUCGAGCGUGGGCAAAGUGAGCGAAGAGCCGUUUGACUGACUUUUGCAACGCGACAGGUGUUGUACAGUGAUCAUUCCGUGACUUAAGACAACUAAAUACCUAAUAUAUCUUACGUCAGUUGCUUUUUAUUGUUAAGGAAAUAUGAGGAAUAUUUCCGGUACCGGGUUAUUUUUGAUGUUUCAACUUUUCGCAUCUACUUUCGCGUGGCCGGUUUUCAACUUUUGGCCUCUCACUCCAAGUCUACCUCUCAACACGUUUGAUCUCUUUGACGGCGGUGGUCGCGACGCACGUGUAUUAAAUUUUUUUCCCGUACCUGUCGAAGAGGAAUGCUUAUCCGAAGACAAGCGCAGAGUCGGCAUCUGCAUGAACACCUACGAGUGUCGCAUUCAACAGGGAAAGUCCCACGGCCCCUGCGCCCUUGGUUUUGGAGUUUGCUGUAUUUUUACAACAAGCUGUGACGAAGAGGUUCAGAAUAAUUUAACCUACGUCACAAGCCCGGGAUUCCCGAACUUGAUUAACCAGUCAAUGAACUGUUCGUUGACCGUUAAAAAGAUAGAUCCUCAAGUCAGCCAGCUACGGAUCGAUUUUUUACACUUCAAUAUCGGCCAGCCCAACCGGAGAACCGGUAUCUGUGACGCAGACAUAAUGGAAAUCCGGACCGGCAUCGGAAGCCUGAAUCUCUGCGGUUGGAACAGCGGUCAACAUAUUUACGUCGACGUCGACGAUGGGCCGAUAACGUUGGACUUCCGACUACCAUCUUCGCUGGAGUCAAGGAUGUGGGAGAUGCGGAUCACACAGGUUGGCUUCGAGCAAAGGGCUCCCGCCGGAUGUCUCCAGUACCACGACACUCCCACAGGGACGUUGCGCACUCUAAACUACCUACCCAACGGGCGGUACCUGGCUGGCCAAGAUCAUCUUCUGUGCGUCCGUCAGGAGCGAGGCAUGUGCAGCAUUGCCUAUUCUCCAUGUACGACGGACUCCUUCCGCAUCGGUCCUCCUCGGUCAACCGAACCUGCAUCAAAUAUGGGGGGACUGGAGGAUCAGAUGGCGCAAGGCGAAGGUUCUGGAACUGGUGUUCCCGGUUUUGGAAGCGCAUCGCGAUGCAGAGAUCGCGUAUUGAUUCCUUGCGACUUUGAAGAAUUUAUCACGCCUGGUAACGAUGGUGCUGGUAUUUGCGAUCUGGAGCACUGUGGAAAUUCGUUGUGCAACCAGGGUGAGUUGGACGCAGAGGGAAACUGUCGAGUGGAAACAUCAGCGACACCAUUUCACAUCCGAAUAGCUUUUGGUCCCGGCGAGGACAACGGUCUCUCGUCCGAUAACAACGUGGGCAUGUGUCUAAACUACGAGCAGCUGCCAUGUGGGCCUUAAUUAGUCGAAUGAAGUCUACAGAAAAGUAGUUUGCAUCUUGUCAGGACAUGAAAAUUGGACGCUAAUGA